GUAAUUCUUGUAUCUGCGCGGCCAUUAGGAAGGUGGCGCUAUACGCAUGCGCGAUGCCGAUCGCAAACUCGUCUUACCUUUGCGCAGGCACGAAGGACGACCAUAUUUGUUUCGGCAGCGACACGGCUACGACGGGGUUCUGUAUCGUCCGCUCCAUUACAAGGUAAUUAAUAGCUUAUUAUUUUACGUAGAUCUUGUUUCACUGCAUAAUCGCAACGCCCGACACGAAAUAUCUAUUUCUUAUCGUUUAUAGCUCGCUUCGAUAUUCCGAUCAAGAGAUAUUUGCGAAUAUACGAUUGGCGUCCUACUUGGCGUUCUAUUUCGUCGUACAAGUUUACAUAUUUUUCUCGAGAUACCGAUAUUUUCCGCAGCUUUUAACGAUUAUUUAGUUGAUUAUUUAUAACUCGUUAGUCGCUACCGAUCAAAUUGCGUACGAUACUCUGCGUUCUUUCGCUGUUGCGUAUUUGUGUGUGUGUGUAUGUGCGUAUUACAUAUUUGCAUACGCGCGUGUGUGUGUGGUGUUUUUUGUGCGAUAUACGAUAUUCAAGAUGGCUACGAAGAAGACAGAAGAUACAAAUUUCCAUACGUUCAUCUAAUUACAGAAAUAAUUACUAUCGAGAUUCAGUAAAAUAUAUCGACGUCGUGUGUUUGACAGAAGGAUAUAAUUUAUUUGUUUUCCAUCGAUCAGUUUUUACGUCGUAUUAAUUAAUAUUUUGCAAUUUUCAUAUUUCAACGAGUUCCACGGCUCGUAUCAACGGAGGAAGAAAAAUACUGUGAUCGGAAGAGAGGAUGACACGCAUAAAUGGAUACGUCGCUGCUUUAUAUAUGGCAGGAUACGAGGACGGAUCGUACGGAGAAUGAAAGUGGAGAUACUUGUAACUGGAAAAUGUCUUAACGGUGGUGUCUCCCUUUGGAAAAAAGUACCGUUGGAAAAAUUUGGAAGCACACGUGUGGCGAACGAGGAACGGUCGUACGAGAACUACGCUCUUAAAAGCUCCAGGAAAAUUAUCGCGAUCUACCAGUAGGAGGAUCGUGGCGCGAACGUUUAUUUUGCACUUGUCGAACGUAUUACGAUGGACCAUUCCUGGUUCGCGGUGUACCUGACUCUCGGUUGUCUCGUCGCCGGAGUUCUCCCACAGUAUAGAGAGAAAAAUACCAGCACGGCCGAGAACGACGCGGUUCAAGCCCUCCUGGCCAGAUAUCUGCAGAAACGUCUCCAAGGUACUCAACUCUCGACGCUGCCGCCGCCGGCUGUCCUCUUCAACUCUCGUCAUCAGGCGAAAGUCCGUCAGGCCGCGCAGAAAGGCUCGACGACGAACAGCGGCGGCUUAACUCGCAACUCUCAUCCUUCUUCUAACUACAAGGAUAAUAGGAAGCACAGAGAGGACUACGAGGAUGAUUACGUGGACGAUCUUCAAGGGUUCGAGGACAGCGAUAGGAGCAGGACUAGAAUCGAUCUUCUUGCUGACGACUGUCCAAAUUGCGUCGACGAACAAAGCAACAGCUUGAGCGCCUCCAGAUGGACGAUGCCGUUGCUGAAGCUUGGCGAGAAACGUUACUACCUGGGUAUCUUCUUCAAGGCCAACUGGUACAGAGCGUCGCAGUACUGUCGUUAUCACGGUAUGCACCUGGCUAGCAUAGCCUCCCAAGAGGAAAACGAUAGACUGGAAAAACACAUCAAAGAUUUCGGACUCGGACACGAACAUUUCUGGACGUCUGGUACGGAUCAGGCGGAAGAGGGGACUUUCUUUUGGAUGGCCAAUGGCCGGCCAAUCACGUUCGAAAACUGGAACGUCGGCGAACCCAACAAUUUCCGAUACGAAAACGGCGAGGAGGAACACUGUUUGGAAUUGUGGAAUAGGGACGGUAAAGGGUUAAAAUGGAACGACAGCCCUUGCAGCUUCGAAACUUUCUUCGUCUGUGAAGUACAGUGACGGGGGGGGGGGAGAGGGGGAGGGAGAGAAAGGGAGAGGGUCGUCGUAACACGAGCGAUACUUACACCCUCGUCCCUAUACACGGAUACAUAUAUAUGCGCGCACACACAUAGACACAUCUAAAGGGUAAGAAGGACGAGUACGACAGACGUCCAAAGAGAAAGAGCAAGAAGUCCGUCAGGCAAUUUUCAAACCUCGUUCGAGCCAACCCAGUGCCAAAGGUUUUCCCACGAAUGUAACCCUUCAUCGAUCACUUUGGUUCGUUUACGCUUACGCGCCGCAUUCGGGUGGAAGGAGCAGGAGGAGGAGGAUAAGGGGAUGGAUCGGAGUUGUUGGCUACUGGAAUCGAAGAGAACGUACGGAGAAGAAAAGAGUUUCCGAAUUGACCGAAAAAACAAAAAAAAAAAAGAAAGAAAGGAGUAUUUUAUCGUCGACGUCACGCAGGAAAGUUUUUACCGUGUAUUUCUGUGUGUGCACCGAUCUAUGCGCGUGUGAUCUAUGUGCGUGCAACUCGUUGUUUUUUCUCUUCUUUUUUCUUCCUGCUUCUUUUCCUUUCUUCUUUUUCUUCUUUUUUUCUUUCUUUUUUUUUUUUUCUUUUAAUGUUAAAACGACACGUAACGUUAUUUUAUUGACUCUACUUCUCGUUUGAAGGGACAGCAAAGGGACAUUACCACGCGUCCUCUGUUGAAUUAAGAGAGAGAGGAAGAAGAAACUGGUGGUACGCGCGCGCCUACGUGCGCGCGAUCGUGCCCGCUCGUCGUUUGAUGUUUUAACGAAUUAUAGAGUUAUAAUUAAAGAGAUUAAUUUAAGCCAGGGAACAUAGUUUCCUGGACAUAAAGCGAUACACGUCUACACGAUAUUAUAUUAUUACACGACUUUUAGAUAUCCUGCAUACCGCUUUUUCCUAUUGUUUUUAAUUAAUUACCGAAUUAGUUAAUUAACGAGAGAUGUUUGAAAGGAUAGAUGGUUGUUCUUUCAGGAAGAGAACGCGCUAGGAAGCGUUAUAUGUACAUAUUAAAUAGAAACGUACGAAUGGAUAGAGAUACUUGGUUGAAAAAGCGUUGCUUUUGCCUUUCACCUUAUCCAAGUUGUAACACGUAUGUAUGUACGUAUGCAUGGCGCAUAGACGGAUACAUACGUGUGUGGUAUAUAUAGACGAGUUCGUUCGAUGUAGCAAAUAAAAUCCAGAUGUAAUGACAAAACAAUAAUGGCCGCUUUGAAAGCCCGAAUUUUAGCCGGCUCUCGCGGUCCACGAACGAGUUGGAAAAAAUAUUACGCGAGUAACGUUAUUCUAUAUUUUCAGAGCGUACUAACGAACGAGAUGGAAAGAGAAAGAGAGCGUGGGAAGCCGAACGAGUUGGCGAAUAAAAUACAAGGCGAGCUCCUGCAAAUGCAUGCUCGUUGUAUUUUCAUAGAAGCACGAGUUGUAAAUUAAAGGAUCGCUCUAUAAGCUCCGACUGAAAGAAUAACAGUUCUCUUUUUCCUUUUCUUUUUUUUUUUCUUUAUUUUAUUAUUUAUUUAUCUCUAUUCUUUUUAACUCGAUUUCGAAAAUUUUCGAGCAUUCUCUUCUACUUUUUUAAUCAUUGCGCGAUGUUAUCCAUCGAUGCUCAAAAAAAUGAACGGAACGCGAUCGUAUCUAAUUGGAGAAGUUGGCCGAUUCUCUUCGUUUUUUGCUCGUCUCGUCCUCCAUCUCGUUCUCUCUCUCUCUCUCUCUCUCUCUCUCUCUAGCAUCUCUCUCGUACUUUGGCUUGGGUAAGAAAGCCGAAACGUCGGAAAAGUUGGAGAAAAAGAACAGCGGGAGGAAGAAACGUAACGAAAUUUGGCGCGCGGUAAAAAUGGAAACACGAAAACGAGUUUGGAUGUUACGUCGACGCGAGGAAAGUCUUCUGUCCCUCCGUCGCGUUUGUUACUUCCCCUCUCGACGACCGGAUUGACAGAACCAAUUAGUGGUUCUGUCGAUUUUUCGCUCUUCCACGAGACAAUGCACUAGGGAGAGGCAGCGAACCGAAGAGAGGGAGAGAGAAAAAGAAAAGGAAAAAAGAGUUCGAUAUUAACGAGAGUUCCGUUCUCCGUUCGUCUGUUUUGCAAACGUUGCCAGAUUUUUCCAAAAGUCCUCUUAAUGAUUCUCUCGAUAAUAAUAAUAACAAUAAUUUUUCGUCGCCUUCGCUACGGCGAUUCGGUAAAUUUUCUUUAUUACGCAAUAAACGCGAGGUUAUUAAAGAUACAGGUGCACUUUCAUAGGACUCGUAAAGUAUAUCAAAAACAGAGAGAAGCCGGAACGUGGAGUUUACUCUUCUUUAUACUCGCGCGAUUCUACUGCAAUUCGAGAGGCACGAAAUCUUUCGCAUGUGUCGUCUGCCGACUUUUUCCCUCUCUCUCUCUCUCUCUCUCUCAUCAAAUUACUACGAGGUUCCACGUUGAAUACCGCGACGCGAAGGAAAGAAAAUUCAAGUCUCCCUAGACAUUUUCUCCUGAUGUGCACUUAAAAAGAUUUAACAGGAUCGUACGGACGCGUCUGUUUAACCUAGAUUAAUCCUUUCGUUCCGCUUGAGAUAGUCGAACAAACGACCCGUCGAUCACUCUCUUCUCGCACAGAUUAUACGACGUUUCCGCGACGUUUAAGACAAACGAAAAGUUCUUUGUCUCUAUCUCUCUCUAACUCUUUAUCUCUAUUUUCUUUCUUCAACGUUCCAACACCGAUAUCGUAACUUUUUAUUACGUUGGAAGAAAAAUCGAGAGAGGAAAUGCAAAGCUUUGUUUUUUAUCGUUCUAUCGUUUGAAAAAACAUCUUCGUAAGAAGUAGAGAGGGAGAGAGAGAGAGAGUGGGGCCUUUGAUAGACAGCACAUCGAACGUAAUAACGCGACACGGUCGAAACGUCUUCCAUUAUUAACCAUCCCAGCGUAAUUGCUAUUGCAAUUGGAAAUUUGAAUUAGUGCCGGUACGAUAUACAGGUCCAUUAGUCCGCUAUUAAGAAUGUAAGAGACAUCUGGGAUAUUGCGUUGAUAAGGUAACACCAGCAGCUAGCUUUGUUCGUCGAUAAGGGAAGCUGGAAAUUCGUUACAAACGAAAAUCGAUAAGGUCGUGCGACCGUUGAUAAGGCCGUUUCUCAGAAAAAUCGUUGUAGAAUCGAUCGAUUAGUCGCGCGAAAAUUAAUAGAUUCGCGUUCCUUUCGAUUAUAGUCGGAAAAAAAGGAGACGACGCUGUAGGUAUACAAAACAACAAUGUUUUAUUUGAAACAACAUAUAAUUACGUGCCAUGUAUGUUCCUUAUUAAGCCUUUAUCGUUCGCACAUUCCGCGAAAGUGCAUCGAUCAACGGAGUACGUAUGUAGAAAUAAUAUAUUUUCGUACGAGUCACUAUCUUUCUUUCGUAGUCCAAUUUACGUCCUCUCUUCUUUUUCUUUCCCUCUUCGUUUUCGUCUUCGUCCUCUUCGUCUUCUUCUUUUCCUUUUUCUUUUUCUUUUUCUUUCUCUUCCAAGUCGAUUCGAAAAGCGAUCCACGAUAAUUAACGAUACCUUACACCUAUCAUUUGAUAUCAACGAUCCUUUUAUUGUUUCUUAACAAACGACGGUCUUUAAGCUUACUUUUCUCGGCGAUCCUUUUUUUUUUUCUUUUGAAUCGGGAAUGGAGGAAAAGGUGGGUGGGAAAACAUCCAUUGGGGAUAGUCGACGAUGUUCCCUGACUUUUCCUUUUUCUUUUUUCUUUUUUCUUUUUUCUUUUUUUAGCAGUCGCGCUAUUCUAAUACAUUCCUAGGGUUUCUCUCAUUCUUUUAGUCUUUCUAUGUCAUCAUCGGCUCGAUAAAAAGAAGAAGCAGA